ACUGUUACUACUGUCAAGUGGACAGUCUGUGAAGUGAAUGCAAGAACUCAAGACAAGUGGAGGACUCUUUCGAACGUUCAAAUGAUAUUCUGAUGCUGCUUUUGAAGAACUUCCUCUCCAUGCGCUCCUACGUCGUGAACAGCUUCGCUUAAGAAUCGUACGGUGAAAGUUACGCGGGAGAGUGUUGACGCGUUGCAAGUAGACGGCGAUGGCGCAACUAAAGGUGGCCAUAAUCGGCCAGAGCCCCUUCGCAGCUGAGGUUUACAAGCUCCUUAAACAAAACGGUCACCAGAUCACAGGGGUCUUUACCAUCCCUGACAAAGGAAACAGAGAGGAUCCUCUAGCCAUAACUGCAAAAGCAGACAGUACUCCAGUUUUCAAGAUCAAAUCUUGGAGGAACAAGGGCACGACCUUACCAGAAGUUCUUGACCUGUACAGGGGAAUAGAAGUCGACCUCAAUGUCCUGCCAUUCUGCAGUCAAUUUAUCCCCAUGGAGGUUAUCAAUCAUCCUCGUCAUCGAAGCGUAUGUUACCAUCCGUCCUUGCUGCCCAGACAUCGUGGAGCUAGCGCCAUAAGUUGGACUCUGAUGGAGGGAGAUCACAUAGCAGGUUUUUCCAUCUUCUGGGCUGAUGAUGGUCUUGAUACAGGACCAAUUUUACUGCAGCGAUCAUGCAAAGUGGAGCCUAAUGAUACUGUAGACUCACUGUAUAAUAAUUUCCUUUAUCCUGAGGGUAUCAAAGCCAUGGCAGAGGCUGUGGAACUGAUAGCCAAGGGAACUGCUCCGAAGAUACCUCAAACAGAAGAAGGAGCCACUUAUGAUCCUAUGUUGAACAAGAAAGAACUGCAAAAGAUAGACUGGUCCAAACCAGCCAAGAGGAUUCAUGACUUUAUUCGUGGUCUUGAUAGCACUCCAGGUGCCUGGACUACCAUAAAUGAUAAGGAGGUCUGUCUCUUUGGAUCCAGUUUGUGGAAUGACAGUACGGCACCCCAGCAUGAGACUCAGGUGAAUGUGGAAGAUAGAAUAGGCAUCAUUCAUGAGGGUGGAUUGCUCAUACAUACUAUAGACGACAAAUUUGUGAAUGUGGAGAGGAUUAAAAUUGGUACAAGGACUAUUCCUGCCAAUAAAUUUAAUCAGAAGAGUGAAGAUAUUGUGAUUGAGUUCACAGAGGAGGAGCAGCAGUCUGUAGAGACUCUGAAACACAUUUGGAUGGGCAUCUUGAACAUUGAUGUUGAUGAAGAGACUGACUUCUUUGCUUCUGGAGGUGGAAGUAUGGACGUUGUUAGGUUAGUAGAGGAGAUCAAGGACAACCUGGGAAUAACUUUACAGAAUAUUGAUGUAUUCAUGGCACCAGUGUUCCUCCAACUUGCUACCACAGUAAUUCUGGCAGCUAGAGGUGUCUCAGCUUCCAAGGACAUUAAAUAUGAUGCAGUGGAGAUGCAAGCAAAUAAUAUGACCCUGAAGUUUCCCAAGCAGUUGUUUAUCAAUGGAGAAUUUGUGAAUGGCCAGGGAAAACCUAUAGAUACAAUCAAUCCUCAUGAUGAGAGUGUCAUCUGCUCUGUUGAAUGUGGCUCUGUCCAGGAUGUGGACAAGGCUGUGAAAGCUGCUAAGAAAGCUUUUGAGGAAGGAGAGUGGAGCAAGAUCAGUGCUAGGGAUCGUGGAGCUCUUUUAUUCAAGUUAGCAGACUUGAUGGAACAACAUAAAGAAGAAUUGGCCACCAUAGAAAGUCUUGACUCUGGUGCCGUGUACACUCUGGCCUUGAAAACCCACAUAGGAAUGUCUGUAGAAGCUUGGAGGUACUUUGCAGGCUGGUGUGACAAAAUUCAAGGCUCCACUAUACCAAUAUCCCAUGCCAGGCCAAAUCGUAACCUUACCUUCACUAAAAAGGAACCUAUUGGUGUCUGUGGUCUUGUUACUCCAUGGAACUAUCCUUUAAUGAUGCUCUCUUGGAAAAUGGCAGCUUGUCUAGCAGCAGGCAACACUGUAGUAAUGAAACCUGCUCAGACUUCACCUCUGACAGCCUUAAAAUUUGCAGAGCUUACUGCAAAAGCUGGUUUCCCUCCUGGAGUGGUGAAUAUUGUACCUGGAAACGGUAUAGUUACUGGAAAUGCAAUCUGUGAGCAUCCUCUGAUUAGAAAAUUGGGUUUCACUGGGUCUACACAAAUAGGACAGUCCGUAAUGAGGUCCUGUGCUGACAGUAAUUUGAAGAAAGUGUCUUUGGAGCUGGGUGGCAAGAGCCCAUUAGUCAUUUUUGAAGAUGCUGACAUCCAACAAGCAGUCAAGGUUGGAAUGAGCAGUGUGUUCUUCAAUAAAGGCGAAAAUUGCAUAGCAGCAGGUCGAUUGUUUGUUGAGGAGUCAAUUCAUGAUGAGUUUGUCAGGAAAAUAGUAGCAGAGACCAAAAAAAUCUCCAUAGGAAAUCCCCUGGACAGGAGUACAGCUCAUGGCCCACAGAAUCACAAGACUCACAUGAACAAGCUGCUGCAGUUUGUCCAACAAGGAGUCAAAGAAGGAGCUAAACUGAUCUAUGGUGGCAAGAGGCUAGACUGUCCAGGCUGGUACUUUCAGCCAACAAUCUUCACAGAUGUUAAUGAUAACAUGUACAUAGCAAAGGAAGAAUCUUUUGGUCCUAUCAUGGUUAUCUCCAAAUUCAGCUCUAAGAACAUGGACGAGAUGAUUGUCAGGGCAAAUAAUACAGAGUAUGGACUGGCUUCAGGGGUCCUGACAAAGGAUAUCAACAAAGCUCUGAGAUUUGCAGAGAAAAUAGAGGCUGGAACUGUGUUCAUUAACACUUAUAACAAGACAGAUGUGGCUGCACCAUUUGGAGGCUUCAAGAUGUCUGGUUUUGGCAAGGAUCUGGGUCAGGAGGCUCUGAAUGAGUACCUGAAGACAAAGACAGUCACUAUAGAAUACUAAAAGGUUCAUUUGUCUUCAUCUCUUUACACAAUUGCAAUUUUUUCUCAGUGUCUAGAUUUGUUUUUCACUCUACAUGCA